UUUUUCUUACAGGAAUGGAAGAUUGUUGGUAGAGGAAAAACUGCGGUGUGCUCUAAAACAAAAGAUUAAUUUGGUGGACAAACGGGGCCUGUCGGGAGUGGGUGGGGUGUAAAAGUAGUCCCGGCGAUGGGGUCAUGACCCAGGACGUCAGCGUCCGGCGCGCAGUUCAGUUUGGCGGUUUCGGAUCAGCAGUCGAAUUGGGGCGUGAUGUGGUCCCGAAUGAACCGAGCAGCUGAGGAGUUUUACUCUCGUCUCCUGCAGGAGUUUGAUGAAGAAAAGAAAGGAAUCCAUAAAGACCCAUUUAUCUAUGAGACUGACGUUCAAGGGCAGUUGAUCGGCAAAGGCCAACCAAACCCUUUGAAAAAUAUUCUAAAUGAAAAUGAUAUGAUAUUCAUUGUAGAGAAAUUGCCUUUAGAGAAGGAAGAAACAAGUCAUGUUGAAGAACUACAGUCUGAAGAAACUGCUAUUUCUGAUUUCUCUACUGGGGAGAAUGUUGGACCACUUGCUUUACCAGUUGGGAGAGCAAGGCAGUUAAUUGGACUUUACACUAUGGCUCACAAUCCUAAUAUGACCCACUUGAAGACUAAUCAUCCAGUUACUGCCCUUCCUGCCCUGUGGGUGAGGUGUGACAGUUCAGAUCCUGAAGGGACCUGUUGGCUGGGAGCUGAGCUUGUCACCACAAAUGACAGCAUUACAGGAAUUGUCUUAUAUACGGUCAGUUGUAAAGCUGAUAAAAAUUAUUCUGUAAAUCUUGAAGACCUAAAAAGUUCACAUAAGAAAAGACAUCACUUGUCUACUGUAACAGCCAGGGGCUUUGCCCAGUAUGAGCUGUUUAAGUCCACGGCCUUGGACGACACACUUGCCGCAUCACAGACUACGAUCACUUUGGAUAUUUCCUGGAGUCCCGUGGAUGAGAUUCUUCAAACCCCUCCGCUUUCCUCAACCGCAACCCUGAAUAUUAAAGUGGAAUCGGGAGAGCCCAGAGGUCCUUUGAAUCAUCUCCAGAGAGAAGUGAAAUUUCUCCUUGUCUUGGCUGAUGGUUUGAGGACGGGUGUAAGCGAAUGGCCUGAGCCUCUGGAAGUAAAGUCUGCUGUUGAUCUUGUGCAGGAAUUUCUGAAUGACUUAAAUAAGCUGGAUGGAUUUGGUGAUUCUACAAAAAAAGACACAGAGACAGUGAAGCAUGACAGUGCUGCAGUUGACCGUACCAUCGAGUGUCUUUUCACAGUGCGGGGCGAUCUCGAUUUUGCUGAGCAGCUGUGGUUCAAAAUGAGCAGUAGUGUGAUUUCUUAUCAAGACUUGGUGAAAUGUUUCACGCUGAUCAUCCAGAGUCUACAACGUGGUGAUAUACAACCAUGGCUCCAUAGUGGGAGUAACAGUUUACUAAGUAAGCUUAUUCAUCAGUCUUAUCACGGAACCAUGGAUACAAUUUCUCUCAGUGGGACUGUUCCAGUUAAGAUGCUUUUGGAAAUUGGUCUGGACAAACUAAAAAAAGAUUAUAUCAGUUUUUUCAUAGGUCAGGAACUUGCAUCUUUGAAUCAUUUGGAAUAUUUCAUAACUCCAUCAGUAGACAUACAAGAACAAGUGUGUCGUGUUCAAAAACUCCACCAUAUUCUAGAAAUAUUAGUCAGUUGCAUGCUUUUCAUUAAACCCCAACAUGAGCUCCUCUUUGCUUUAACACAAUCCUGCAUAAAAUACUACAAACAAAAUCCUCUUGAUGAGCAACACAUUUUUCAGCUGCCAGUCAGACCAACUGCUGUAAAAAGCUUAUAUCAAAGUGAGAAGCCACAGAAAUGGAAAGUGGAAAUCAGUGGUGGUCAGAAGAAGGUGAAAACGGUUUGGCAGCUGAGUGACAGUGCACCUGUAGACCAUCUGAGUUUCCACAAACCUGAUGUUUCUGAAUUAACGUUAAACGGUAGCCUGGAAGAAAGGAUGUUCUAUACUAACAUGGUCACCUGCAGCCAGGUGCAUUUCAAGUGAAGUGUGCCGAUGGAGUCCUCUGUAAGCACAAGCCAAAACAAACAAAACAACAACAAAAAAAACCCAUUAUCACAGAGCCUGAAACCAGAAAUGUAUAUAAACCUUCAAGGCAGAAAAAGGAGGAAUGUCCAGAGGAUUCUUUACGAAAGAUGGAUCUAUAAAAUGGGUAACCCGGUCUCAGCUCUGGCUCUGAAGGAGGAGCAUCAGGAGAACUGCGGAGAUUAGUAUGCAAAGCGUGCAGACUGUAGGUACCACGAUCUCUGUCACCAUCUGCAUGUGACUUAGUAACGGCUCUGAAACGGGAGAGAGAACACCACAAAUGAGAGUGUCGUCAUUUUAGUGAAUAUAGCGUCAUCUGGAAAGAUUCCCCUGCAUUGGGGAAAACUUGGAAAAUGGCAUCAUCCAGCUUUGUAAUUAAUCUCACUUGCUAUAAAAGAGAACGUGGUUCUCUUAACAUUAUAAAAUGUUAUUUAAAAACAAUUAUGUGAGGGCUUUGUAAUAUCCUUCAGAAAAUAUGGAAUAAAGAUUGCCUACAUUUGGUUCUUCCGUAGGUACUGGAAUAAAGUCUAAAUGCGUGUUAUACUUGCACUUACCAUAAAUUAAUGUGAGAAUAUUGACAGCCAUGUUCCCUGGUUUCUGUAAUUUUCACUGGGGGGAUUUAUGAAAGGAAAAUCCUUGGCCAACGUCUCCCAACCUUUCAAAGAUGUUAUUCAAAGAUGUAUCUUAAGAGGUGGAGGAGUUGCCAUAUUUUUGUGGGAAUUCUUGCACUGUGAAGUAAGUAUCUUGAAGAGUUGAAUAAUAAGUGUAUUUCACAUACGUGAUUAUAUUAAUGAACAUGUAUGUAAUUCCUACUGCAGGUUUUGUGCCAGGCACCCUGGCUACGGAGAUAAAUAAGGCACAGACCCUGCUCCCACAGAUUUCAUAGGCUCAGCAGUAAAUUCUACAUCAUAUGUCUAGGUGAUUAAAUAAGUUUAUUUUGGUUUAAAGGAAUAUACAUCCUUAAUAUUACCUGGUUAUUCAGAUGGGAGCAGGGCACAGUGGUAUAAAACAGCUAUGAAAAUAGCUGAAUUGGUAGGAUUUGUUUGGUCUAGCACUUUCCACCUCCGAUACCACAUUAAAGAUGGGUUUGUUAAAACAGGAAGUAUAUUUCUCUGAUUGCCCUCAUAGAGAAAGACCGAAUUCAAAGAAACAAAUGAUCUGUGCUGGCCUUGUUGAUGUGUAGAUGCGUCUUUGUUAUUCCACAUCUCUGAACCUUGGGAACCGUGCCUUCCAUGAAGUCAGGGACCUUGUUUUAUUUAUUGCUGUAUUCUAGUUACAACACCCCCUAGCUAAUAGUGAGUGCUUACUAAUUACUUGCUGAAUGAGUGAAUAUAAAAUCUGGAGUGUUCUUUGACUUUUCGAUGUUUAUUCUAUUUGAAUAUGGUUCCAUUUUUCCCUCCUUCCACAAAGCCCACUAUAACAAAAAUAAGUUUAUAAGUUGACAGUAUGAUUCAGAAAAAUAAAACUAGAGUGGAUACAA